CCUCUCAAGCAGCCUCUGGUCAUCUGCCUUUAAGCCAUCAGGAUGCCGAUGUCUUCUCUUCCAGCAGCUAUUUUGUCUCACAUGACAGCUAUUAACAAUGUACCUCCUCCUCCACUUCACAGUAUACCAAACUUGAAAAAGUCUAAGCACAUUAAUUAUGGCCAGUUGAAUGCAUUAUGCCACAUUAGAGGACAGCACAGCCGGAGUAUGAGCAGUAUCUUAUCAGCUCACAAUACAUUUAUGAAGCAAUAUCCGAAAGUAUUCCUGCACCAAAAACCCAGACUUCCUAAACUUUUCAAACAGGAGGAACAAAGGGAACUCAAUGAAGGCAAAGAGGAAAGUCAACAUCAACAACCUGAUGAUUCUCACAAUAUAGCUGUCCAUGUUCAGAGAGCACAUGGUGGCCAUAUUUUAUAUAGACCAAAAAGAGCCACAGAGAAAUUUGAAGAAUUCCUAGCUAUCUUAAAGAAAUUGCCCAUUCACAGGAUGCCAUAUGAACACAAAACUGUGUGGAAGUUCCUGAAAGCAAUUCCAGAUUUAACCUCUCAGCUAAAUGAUAAGCAUCUGAAAACACUUAGUAAGACUGUCUUUUCUGAAACCUGGUUGAAAGGCAGCACAGUGGUUGCAAAUGAUGGAUUUUAUGUGAUACUGAAAGGCCUAGCUCGACCUCAAACAAACGUGUAUAAAAAUCUGAUUGAAGGAAGUGAUUCACCAGUCUCAUUCAUACCUCAGAAUUUCCACAGCUUCAUUUGGAGUGAAGAAUUCAAAAACUCUACACUUGCUGAGAUGUACCUACCUUCAUAUGACUCAAUGCUUAGCAAAUGGAGUACCUUUGGGACUCUGGAAGUUAUACCUCAGAUUGAAUCGGAAACACAGAUGUUCUCGGUGGUGACAGAAGACGAUUGUGAAAUUCUUAAAAUCCCAGCAAAGGGAUAUGCAAAGAUAAAGGAGGAAAAAAUAAAACUUGAAAAUAUGCAAAAGUUGAAAUUAAUCCGUAUGUGUCCUUAUUAUGAGGAAUGGCCUACUUUAUCCAUAUAUGAGCUAAUUGCACUCCUUAAAUGGAAAAAAUUUCCUCCAGGUCAUGUGAUAGUGGAAAGUGGAAAUAUAAUUUCUUUUGUGGGUUAUAUUAACUCUGGAUGUUGUAACAUUUAUAGAAGUAUUAUAGGAUUUGUGAAACUACAAUCAAAUAAAGUGAAAAGAUCUCAAAAACUUGUUUAUAUGGGGAAACUUAAGGCGAAGGAAUCCUUUGGUGAGAUUAGCAUCCUUCUUCAAGUUCCUUUCACAUGCACAAUCAUUACUGAAAAAGAAGUUGAGAUGGCAAUCAUUGAAGAUAAGGACCUAUUUGUGGCCUAGAUCUAGAAACAACCUCAGUGAACAUCAGUUAAGAAAGUAUUGACUAAAUAAUGCAAUAAUUGCAUACUGGAAUACUAUCAAACUACCAGCAAUGAGUUUG